AGCAUAUUAGGGAUGAGGCAGUGGCUAAAUAAACUUGGCCACUCGGCGUCGGACAUUAAUAGACUUAAUAUUGUUCACGUAGCUGGAACGAAAGGCAAAGGAAGCACAUGUGCAUUUAUUAACUCCUUCCUUAAAACACACGGCGAAAGAACCGGGUUUCCACGGAAGGUCGGUCUUUACACUUCACCUUAUCUUAUCUGCCCCGAAGAGCAAAUUCGUAUUAAUUUCAAGCCGCUAUCGAGAGACCUGUUCGCAAAGUACUUUUUCGAAGUCGACAAUAUCUUGUCACAAUCUCUUCCAGAAUUUGAUAUAAGGCCCCGGUAUCUCCAGUCCUUUGCUCUAUUAUCCCUUCACGCUUUUAUUAGGGAAGGUGUCGAUGCUGCUAUCAUUGAGACGCACCAUGGCGGCGAAUUUGAUUCUACGAACGUUAUUGAGAAGCCCCUCGUUACUGCUAUUACUCCGCUAGGCAUAGAUCACAUCAAACAACUCGGUUCUUCGAUCGAGAGUAUCGCGUGGCAUAAAGCGGGAAUCUUUAAAUCUGGCGCUAUAGCGUUUUCGGCACCGCAAGAGAGCACUGCUAUGGAGGUAUUACGAAAGCGGGGAUCUGAGAAGAGUAUUAAUCUACAGUUUGUCGACAUAGAUCCUUUGCUCCCGGCCGACAUAGUACAGCUUCAGCCAGACGUUCAACGAGUGAACUGCUCCCUAGCUCUUGCCUGUGUGCGCUCGUUUCUGGCUCAAAAGUCAAAGGGGAGCUUGAGUAUAUCAGAUAUACUACAAGGUAUUAGCCAAUUCUCCUGGCCCGGGCGCUUCCAGCUCGUUAUCGAAGAUCGAUUCCAGUGGUUCUUAGAUAGUGCACAUAAUGAGAUGAGUGUUGGCAUUGCUGCCAAGUGGUUUCUUGAGAGCUCUCAAAUGCACAGGUAUAUAUAGAUAUAAUUCUAGAAAUAUCUUACUGCCUGGUUCUAAUUAGGUUACAGGACUACCUCACCUAUAGCGCGAGUUCUGGUCUUUAGCAUGAUCACGGAGCAAAGGGAUAAAGCAGCUGUGUUUGAACGGUUGGCUGCUUCUCUUAAGUGUAGUAGCGUACAGCACGCUAUCUUCACUACAUACGAACGAGACAGUGGGGGCAGUAGGU